AUGCGAGGCAGCACUGCAAAUUACCAGUUGGUUGAUCAUCAUCUGCCAGAGAGCUACGUGUGUUUUCGCUGUGGACACGGCGGUCACCACAUCAGGGACUGUCCCACCCAUCAGGAUGAAAGUUUUCAGCCACUGAAGAGGAUGAAGAGGAGCUCAGGCAUCCCUCGUUCCUUCAUGGUGGAGGUGGAUGAUCCCAGCGUGGAAGGAGCCAUGGUGACCACCACGGGGGAACUCAUGGUUUCCACCAUACAUGCUGAGGCGUACAGCUGUAAGAAGAAGGAGAGGCCCCCAUUCCUUCCACAGGAUCCGCCCACCCUCAAAAAGAAGGAGGAGCCGAUACCUGAGUUCAUGUGUUGUCCCGUCUGUCAGGAGCUGCUCCGAGAGGCUGUGAUCGCUCCGUGCUGUGGAAACAGCUUCUGUCACGAAUGUAUCACUGACGUUCUCCUGGAUUCGGAGCAGAACGAGUGUCCAGCCUGUCAGACGUCGGUUGCUCCCGUUGCCGUGGUGACCAACGUGUGCAUGCAAAAGGUGAGUGCUCGAUGUAUCCACAGGCGCUUUCUGGCUGCGUUUACACGAUGCUUUUAAUGUGACUCUGAAAUCAGACUUUGGAUUUCCCAUGACCACAUCUGUUCUCUGUGUGCACACGUGACAACACGUGUUAUUAGUGU